AGGCAGUGAGCGCAGUUCCGGCGCUAGGGGCAGGUGUUUGAAGUUGGAGUUUGUUUGAGGCAGCGGCAGCGGAUCCGGACACCAUGGGGAAGAGGCAGCACCAGAAAGAUAAAAUGUACAUUACCUGUACAGAAUAUACAAAUUUCUAUGGUGGCAAGAAAGCAGUUAUUCCACAAGCAAACUUCCGCCGCCUGCCCUUUGACCACUGCAGCUUAUCUCUUCAACCUUUUGAGUACCCUGUAUGUACCCCUGACGGAAUGGUGUUCGAUCUCCUGAGUAUUAUUCCAUGGAUAAAGAAAUUUGGAACCCAUCCAACCACUGGCGAGAAAUUGGAUGUUAAAUCACUCAUCAAACUGACCUAUCACAAAAACAGUGAAGGAAAGUACCAUUGUCCAGUGAUGUACUCUGUCUUCACAAACAACUCACAUAUAUUGGCUAUCAAGACGACUGGAAAUGUCUAUUCAUAUGAGGCUGUGGAGCAACUGAACAUUAAGACCAAGUGUUUCAAAGAUCUCCUUAACGAUGAGCCCUUCAAAAGGGAAGAUAUCAUCACGUUGCAGGAUCCAUCCAAUGUGGACAAGUUUAAUGUUUCAAACUUUUUCCAUGUCAAAAAUGAUCUGAAGGUGCCUGAUCCAGAGGAGGAGAAAGCAAGAUCAGACCCAUCAUACUAUCUCAAAGCCACCAGUUUGGAACUGAAGGAGACUUUGAGUGAGCUGUACAGAGAUUAUAAGGGAGAUGAAAUCUUGGCAUCCAUCAUGAAAGAACCAGAAAAGAAGAAAGUGGAUAAAAUAAAUGCGGCACAUUACUCCACAGGAAAAGUCUCUGCUUCUUUCACAUCUACAGCAAUGAUGCCAGAAACUACGCAUGAAGCAGCUGCAAUUGAAGAUGACCAGGUUCGGUAUCGCUACGUCAAAAAGAAGGGAUAUGUCCGACUCCACACAAACAAGGGGGAUCUGAACCUGGAGCUGCACUGUGAGAUGACUCCAAAGGCAUGUGAAAAUUUCAUCAAGCUCUGCAAAAAGGGAUAUUACGAUGGAACAAUCUUUCAUAGAUCAAUCCGAAACUUUAUGAUUCAAGGAGGUGAUCCCACUGGUACAGGCACUGGCGGAGAGUCAUACUGGGGAAAACCUUUCAAGGAUGAGUUCAAACACAACCUCUCACAUUCAGGGCGAGGUAUCCUCAGCAUGGCCAACUCGGGACCCAACACCAACAAGUCGCAGUUCUUCAUUACAUUCCGCUCAUGUGUCUAUCUGGACAAGAAGCACACAGUGUUUGGAAGAGUCGUUGGUGGUUUUGAGACUUUGACAGCUAUGGAGAAUGUGGAGAGUGAUGUAAAGACCGACCUGCCAAAGGAAGAGAUCAAAAUUGAGAGGACAGCAGUGUUUGUGGAUCCUUUUGAAGAAGCAGAUGUUUUGAUCGCCGAAGAACGUGAGAAAGCUCGGAACAAGGAGGAAGAGGAAAAGGCCAAAGCAAUGCCAGUUGUGCCUAAAAGUUCAAAUGAUGGCCCAAAAGUCUACCGGCAAGGUGUUGGGAAAUACAUUAACAUGGCAGCUACAAAACGAGUGGCAGUGGAUCAAGAUAAUAGCCCAUCCACCAGCAGCAGCAGCAAAAAGAUUAAAGGGAUUACUGGUUUUGGUAACUUCAGCUCAUGGUAGAACUGAAGCAAUCAGCAAAUGAAGAGACCAGCAGCAGACAGCAGUGUUGGCACUCAACUCCACAAGAUCUCUUUCACAUUCAAAAGACCUAUAAGAUCAAAGGUUGCCAAAGAAGUGACUGAUAUUCAAUGUAAAGUACUCUUUCUGCAAUAAGUAAAUGUAGUGAGAUAGUGAAGCAUAAUGUUAAAGUUUCCAUUUUUAGUGUAUAUGAGAGUGUUACAUUUGUUUCCUUGAUGAUGGACCAGGAUCUGCAUAUUGUUGCAAUCUGCCAAUGCUAUGACUAGUUAUCAUUUCUCUUUUUAUUAAAAAAACAUAAAUUUUCUUCAUGUUGCUCCAAUUAAAACUAACGUGUUUCUUAGCUGAGAUGAUUCAUCCUGCUGUCUGGUGGUGCGAUCCUGUUGAGUUCAGACUUUCUCUUAUGGAAGCUAAGCAGGUGUAAAAGGACAUUGCUCAUGUGUUUGUUUCCAUUGCAGUGAGUAACUCUGGCACUGCCUCUGACCGGACGACUCAAAUAAAGCUCAUUUUACUUUCAUAAAA